CAAUCAUAAGCCAAAAUACAAAAAAAUUAAACUUUAAUAAACACAAACUCUGUUUUUUGUUUCUUUCUCUUCUUGAUUCGGCGAGGGAAGAAGCUAUGAUCCUAUACGGAGGAGGCGGAGCAGGGAAAGACGGUGGAUCCACCAAUCACUUAUCAGACGGAGGAGUGAUAUUGAAGAAAGGUCCAUGGACGGCGGCGGAAGAUGAGAUACUUGCUGCGUACGUUAGAGAGAACGGUGAAGGAAACUGGAACGCCGUUCAGAAAAACACAGUAUCCGCAAACGCAAACUCCUCAUCAUCCUUCACUUUUCAUACCACAACCGCUAAUCUCCUCCAUCCACUUAGCCCUCACACUCCAAACACACCCCAAACUCCUUCUCAACUCUCUUCCACACCGCCUCCACCGCCACUUUCCUCUCCUUUAUCUUCGCCUCGCAACAAUCAAUACCCGACUCUUCCUCUCUUCGCCCUCCCACGUUCCCAAAUCAAUAACAAUAACGCAAAUUUCACCUUCCCUAGACCUCCACCUCUCCUUCAACCGCCUUCAUCGCUCUUCGCUAAACGUUACAACAAUGCUAACACUCCUCUCAAUUGCAUCAACCGCGUCUCAACCGCUCCAUUUUCCCCUGUUUCAAGAGACUCCUACACUUCCUUUCUAACAUUGCCUUACCCUUCCCCAACCACUCAAACAGUUUCUUACCACAACACUAAUAACAAUUACUCUUCCUCUCCUUCCUUCUCUUUAAACCCUUCUUCUUCUUCUUACCCUACAGCAACUUCUUCCCCAAGCUUUCUUCACUCCCAUUACACUCCUUCUUCCACCUCCUUUCAUACCAACCCGGUUUACUCCAUGAAACAAGAGCAGCUCCCUUCAAACCAAAUUCCCCAAAUAGAUGCCUUCAAUAAUGUCAACAACUUCACAGACAAUGAGAGACAAAAUCAUAACCUUAAUAACAGUUCCGGUGUUCAUAGAAGAAGUAGUAGCUGCAGCCUCUUAGAGGAUGUCCUUGAAGAAGCCGAAGCUUUAGCCUCUGGAGGCAGAGGGCGGCCUCCAAAACGAAGACAACUCACAGCUUCUCCUCCAAACAACAACGACAACUUCUUCUCGGUUAGUUUCGGACAUUAUGAUUCUUCUGACAACUUAUGUUCCGUACAAGAUAUGAAAUCAAAGGAAGAAGAGUCUCUUCAAAUGAACACAAUGCAAGAGGACAUAGCUAAGCUUCUUGAUUGGGGAAGUGAUAGUGGAGAGAUCUCUAACGGACAAUCAUCUGUUGUCACUGACGACAAUCUCGUUCUUGAUGUUCAUCAAUUAGCUUCACUAUUCCCUGCUGAUUCUACAGCCCUCCCAACCGCAACAAACGACCAACACAACAACAAUAAUAACAAUAAUUGCUCCUGGGAAAACAUGCAGGGAAUAAGCCUCACGACUCUGUUGUAUAAGAGAGCUCACUCUCACUCGCCGCUUUCGUCUCUUCGCGUAGCUUCACUUUCGCCGAUGGCAUUACCUAACCAGCAAACCGUGGAUUACCCAAGCUUCAAGCUCGUCAUCGUUGGUGAUGGAGGCACAGGGAAAACCACAUUUGUAAAGAGACAUCUUACUGGAGAGUUUGAGAAGAAGUAUGAACCCACUAUUGGUGUUGAGGUUCAUCCUCUUGAUUUCUUCACUAACUGUGGCAAGAUCCGUUUUUACUGUUGGGAUACUGCUGGCCAAGAGAAAUUUGGUGGUCUGAGGGAUGGUUACUAUAUCCAUGGGCAAUGUGCCAUCAUCAUGUUUGAUGUCACAGCACGUCUGACAUACAAGAAUGUUCCAACAUGGCACCGUGAUCUUUGCAGGGUCUGUGAAAACAUCCCAAUUGUUCUUUGUGGGAAUAAAGUUGAUGUGAAGAACAGGCAAGUCAAGGCCAAGCAAGUAACAUUCCACAGGAAGAAGAAUCUCCAGUAUUACGAGAUAUCUGCCAAGAGCAACUACAAUUUCGAGAAGCCAUUCUUGUACCUUGCUAGAAAACUGGCUGGCGACCAAAACCUUCACUUUGUCGAGUCACCUGCUCUUGCUCCACCAGAGGUUCACAUCGACCAUGCUGCUCAGCAGCAGAACGAGGCUGAUCUCAUUGCGGCGGCAAGUCAGCCACUCCCGGAUGAUGAUGAUGACGCUUUUGAGUAAAACUCUUCCAAAAUGUCUACCGUGGGAAGCUGUUACUUUUUCUUUUCCAGGUUCUCCUAGAGACUAAGUAAAGUAUAACACAAUGUAUCCAUCAGCAAAAGUGUAAAUACCAAUGCAUUGCAAACACCUAGCAGUGGAAGCCUUUCAUAAUGUUUGAAAUCUAUAUGUGUAUGUUGUCAUAAUGUAAAAAGUUGUCGAGUAAAUAAAACAAGUUUCAGUCC